AUGCUGUACGACCGGACAAUCGCCAAGGCACUUUUAGCGCUCACUACAUCCCUUUACGUUUAUUAUGUCCUUUGGAUAGGGGUGACGCCGUUUAUUGACCCUUCACACUUCACACAACAUUUGUUUCCACCGCGGGAAUACGGUCUGCUGCUCGCGAGCGUUGUGAUGACGGUAGGAUUAGGCCUUGCUUUGACCGUGGCGUCCGUGCACACAAUUCUGCGCACAGGCAUGGAAGAAGAGGAAGAACAGAGAGAAAGAGGAAGGGUACAAUCUUGCAAACACAAUGGCUGUGUGGAAAGAUGA